AAUAAAAUGUCUAACGCAAAGAAAACUGGUAAAUCAAAGUUCUUGGGGGAUGAUCUAAACGAUUUAAUAAAUAAAAGCCAGUUUGUAAAAGAAUCUCCUAAGACUGGACCUCAAAAGCGUAAUAAAUCAGCGGCACCAGCAAUACAAGAAGAUGACGUGUCCAGAUUAAUGAUUGAUCAACAAGUAAGCAUGAAAAAAAGAAAGAUCUCAGCAUGUCAAGCAUCUGAGACACCUCAGAAAGUGCGGGACGCAAUUAUGCAGCAAAUAGAAUCAAGACAACAAUGUAAUGAUCUUAUGCUAAACAACUUGUCAAAUAUUAUAACGAAACUAGAUGCUAAUCAGGCACAGAUGAUAGAAAAUCAAGAUAAACUAGAGCAACUCACUGGAGCUCUAUUGAAGUGCAUUCAACAGUCUAGUGCUGCCCAUAAGCAAAAUCUGAAGUUGUUGUGGGACUUCCAUGACACUUUUAAAAAGAGAUACGAGGAAAUGAAUGUUCUACAUAAGGCAGAGAAUGAAAAACUGAGUGAAGAAAUAGAGGAUGACCUUAAGAAUUUGGAGCAGAAGUUAAUUAUGGAAACUAAGCGGAGUGGCUGGGACAAUGUACGCAGAACGAUUUUUCAUGCUAUGCAAAAUGAUUUGUAAACUGACAAUAUUCACAAUGAUUGCAUUUUAUAUUUUAGAGACAUUCUUAGUAGAUUUUUUGUUAGAAGACUACUAAAAAUGUGAUUUCUGUUUUUAGAAUAAAAAAACUAGCUGUUCAGUAGUUUUCUAUUUCACAAACAUUGUAAGAAGGUUUUAAGUUAGUAAAAUAUGAAAAAAUGUGAUUUCUGCUUGUACUGUUAAUAUUUUGGGUUAUCUUUGUUUCUUUCACAGACAUUUUUCCUACUAAGUGUUAGGUAACUUAAUUAUUUAUAAUUAUAUUAUAUUAUUUCAAAGGAAUAAGUACUUCUGUGGCAUACCUACUUCCGUGAGAAUCAGACAUACUAUCUCCGGCUAAAAAUGUUAUGUUUACAGAAUCAACGUUUGUAAUUUCUACAUAUUUAUCUUAAAAAUAAUAAAUCAGUAGGUUAGCAGCUCGAUCAUAAAACUGCGGCGCGCAAAGAUUCACGGUUCGUGCGCGGUUAUAAGUUUCAAUUUUGCUUGCAGGCGGCGAAUGUAGGUAUAAUUUUGUACCUAAAUCUGGCUUUUGUGAAGGAGUGAAUUUUCUGUACGGUAGUACUAUUAGUUAUUCUGUGAUUGCACUGCACUUCAGUCACAGAAUAACUAAUAGUACCUUCAGUUGCUCUUUGUCUACAUUGUUGCUCUAACGUCUUGAGUGUAUUUUUUGUUCUAAUAAAUUUUAUUUUAAAAUAGGCUUUUAUUUAUCUUGCAGUGUUUGUAUGAACCUAUGUAGUUAGGUUGUCUUCAAAAUUAGCAAACCACUUUUUGAUCA